AAAGCAGCCAACGACGUUAAUUAAGUGUCUUGUGCUUCUGGGUGGCGGGCCCGGUCGGAGCCAUUGAUAAUAGACACCAGCAGGCCGCACGUUGGAGUAGCUCAGGAGAAACCGACCUAAAAGUAUAUACAAUAGCAGCCUCACCUGAUCACUCUCAGAAAAUGGCUGGCCAAGACAUGCGACUCAACCACACCAUUUACAUCAACAAUCUAAACGAGAAGAUCAAAAAAGACGAGCUGAAGAAGUCCCUGUAUGCCAUUUUCUCCCAGUUUGGGCAAAUCCUGGACAUUCUGGUGUCUCGGUCCCUUAAGAUGAGGGGACAGGCUUUCGUCAUCUUCAAGGAAGUUAACAGUGCCUCCAACGCCCUACGAUCGAUGCAAGGAUUCCCCUUUUACGACAAACCUAUGCGAAUCCAGUACGCCAAGUUGGACUCUGACAUAAUCGCCAAGAUGAAGGGCACCUACGUAGAGCGCGACCGCAAGAAGGAGAAGAGGAAGGUGAAGGGCCCCGAUGUGACCGGAGUCAAGAAGGGCGUGCCGGGGGCGGCGGCCCCCAUGGGCCCCGGUGUCCCAACACCCAUGCCUGGAAUGCCGCCCAUGAGCCAGGCUCCCAGAAUGAUGCCCAUGCCCGGGCAGCCCCCCUACAUGCCCCCUCCCGGCAUGAUGCCCCCGCCAGGCAUGGGCCCGGGGCAGAUGCCCCCAGGAGCCAUACCCCCUGGCCAGAUGAUGCCGGGGCAGAUGCCAGGGCAGAUGCCUCACGCUCAGCAGGUGUCGGAGAACCCGCCCAACCACAUCCUGUUCCUUACCAACCUCCCCGAAGAGACCAACGAGCUCAUGCUGUCCAUGCUGUUCAACCAGUUCCCCGGCUUCAAAGAGGUGCGUCUUGUACCCGGGCGGCACGACAUCGCCUUCGUGGAGUUCGAUAACGAGGUGCAGGCGGGCGCGGCCAGGGAGGCCCUGCAGGGCUUCAAGAUCACCCAGACCAACGCCAUGAAGAUCUCUUUCGCUAAGAAAUAACGGGAAGCGAAGCUCGUAGCGCGUAGCGUGUACGCGGCUGGCUUGGAGUGUGAGCUUGGGCGCACCAACAUCAUAAGCCCCUUUGUUGGCAAAUUGGCAUGACUCUCCCCUUAGCCCAAAAGAAAGGGUUAUAAAAAAAAAAGCAUCAGUAGACACAGCACACAGGUCACCAGAAAUGCCUCCACAUACAGUCCCUCGUUGCUCGUAUCGGUGGACAGAGCCCAUGAACUUCCCAGCAGCACCUGCGUGAACUCAGAAGCUCAUGGCCUGUGUCCACUGAUACAGCCCCUCCUUUCCCCGGUAUCUGUAGACAGAGCGCACACACUUCCCAGCAGCACUUGCGUGAGCUCAGAAGAGGCCGUGCUUCUGUGAGUGUCCCAGCUGAGACAGGUAAGGGAAGUGGAUGGCACAGGAGAGCGAAAGGUUAGUGUCUCCCAGCUGUUUAAUGUGGAAUCUCAUUGGAUCACUUCAUUUAAAUAUUUAAAUCCCCCACCACCACCACCACCCGUUGUGGGUUCACGGAAUAGCUGGGUCACAUACUCGUUUGAUAAUUAUCAGAUAUUUUGAGUGCCAUGAUGAUCAUUGAUACCAUGUGGUAUAUUGUCUGUGUUUUUCUUUAUACCUGAUUCGUUAGUAAACACCUGAACUUCAGAGGCGGCGCGAGAUGCUUCUGGGGGAGAACAAAUCACCACUGAUAUCAGUUGGUUGUUGAUCAGAUGGCCACUCCGCAGCAAGGCUCGCAGCUGCCAUGUGAUUGAAGAAAGCUUCGCAUGGAAGCGUGUACACCCUUGCUGCUGAUUUCCCAAUGGGAAAAAGUUUGGAUGUUUACUACCGUAUGGGGUAUAAUGAAAGCAAAGAGACUGAAGGAAGGGCAAUUGACAACAUGGUGGUGGUGAUUGAAAUUGCAUUCGAUAAUUAUCGUUACGGUGUAUUGCCCGGCCCUAGUUCAGCGCAAACAGGUAAAAUUGUUUUUUUUCUUGUUUUUUUUGUGCUUUUUUUAUUUUUUUUUUUAGCUCAGCCCCCUAAAUGUAAUGUGGAAGUAUGCCCUUUUAUUAUUAUUUUUUUAAUUAUUGUACAUUUUUAUUACAAGCAUUGCACCCAGGGUCUGGACCACCAGACAUUGUACCUGGAGCUUUUGUCUUCAUGAUAAACCUUUUAUUAUAACCACA